AUGAUUGACUGGGAUAAACUUAUUAAAAAUCAUGUUGUCAACCGCAUUAAGUGGAAAUUUAUCCCACCAGCUUCUCCCUGGUGGGGUGGAUUUUGGGAAAGAAUGAUUGGCCUGAUGAAAAACAUUCUCAGAAAAGUUUUAGGUAAUGCCUCACUGAAAUAUGAAGAACUCUAUACGAUCCUCUGUGAUUGCGAAAAUAUCUUAAAUUGCAGACCAUUAACUUAUAUUUCCGAGGACUUGGAACUGGAACCCUUGACACCUGCAAUGUUUUUUCGUGAUCUAAAAGAAAGUGGCGUUCCAGAUCUAGAUAUUAUUGAUGCCAAAUACUUACAAAAAAGGUAUGCAUAUCAGAUGAAGGUUAGAGAAGAUCUAAGAAAACGGUUCAGAACUGAAUACUUAGGACAACUGAAAAACCAUAUUUUAAAAACAGAGAAAUAUGUUAAACUAUCGGUUGGAGACAUUGUGUUAAUAGAAACACCUGAGAAAAGAAUUAAGUGGCCUCUAGGAAAAAUUAUAACACUCAUCCCAGGAAAUGAUGGUGUGUAG